ACUUUCUCGAUCCGCGCUCUGCACUUCUAACAUCGAUUUGCUCUCCUUUUGUGUGCAUCUUGGUGUGUGUAUCGCGAGAGUUUGUGCUUCAAUCGAACUCCGAGGUUGGUUCGUCUGGAUCCCCAGGUUUCCGGAGAUCCCUUUCGCGUCGCCGACGGGCGGUGGUGCUGGCGAUGAUGGUGGUUCUCUGGUCAGAUUCGUUCGGCUCCUCCUCUCUGUCUCGUUCCGACUGUUGAAGCUGGAGAUGUUCGAUCCUUUUGCUCUAAUCCGAGUCCGAUCCAAAACCUGGUUCCACAAGCGGAAAAAAAACCCCAAUCCUUGGAUUUGAGGCCGCGGAUACGUGGUUUCGUGAUCGAGCUUGUGUUUAAGUGGCGAUGGUUUUGUAGCUGGAAGUGUUUGGUCGGUGUUGUGUUUUCUUCUUCAUUUUGGGGUGCUUUUUUCAGCUCUCGAGGGUUGUACAGUUUAGUGUUGUUAACUGACAGUGACAUAGGAGGGUAGGUAGGUAGGUAAGAGAAGGUUAGCGUUUUCCUUGAUAUUUGAGUGAUUUUGGAGAGCUUUUGAAAGUGGAUAAGAUGAAUUUGAGCGCGGCCGAGGAAGAGGCCGAGCAAGAGAUUCACAUUCCAGCUGAUAUCGAUUGGCAGAUGCUCGAUAAAUCCAAGUUUUUCGUCCUCGGUGCUGCGCUUUUUUCGGGUGUUUCAGCAACGCUAUACCCUAUCGUUUUGCUGAAAACUCGGCAACAGGUAGCUCAGUCUCAAGUCCCUUGCAUAAAGACAGCGUUCACGAUUGUCAGGCAUGAGGGUUUUAGGGCUUUGUACAGGGGGUUUGGGACUUCCCUGAUGGGCACAAUCCCUGCCCGGGCUUUAUACAUGGGAGCUCUAGAGAUCACCAAGAGUAAUGUCGGAUCAGCAACUCUACAGCUAGGGUUCUCAGAGCCCACCGCAGCUACUACUGCUAAUGCAAUGGCGGGUUUGAGCGCUGCGAUGGCCGCGCAGCUUGUUUGGACUCCGGUUGAUGUUGUGAGCCAGCGGCUCAUGGUGCAAGGUGGCCCUUCUAAUUCGGGUGUUUCCAAUGCAUCGCCAUGCAAAUAUCUCAAUGGGAUCGAUGCUUUCAGGAAGAUACUCAAAACCGAUGGUUUAAGGGGCUUGUAUAGAGGUUUUGGAAUAUCAAUCUUGACAUAUGCACCAUCAAAUGCACUUUGGUGGGCAUCAUACUCUGUUGCUCAGCGCCUUGUGUGGGGCGGAAUUGGCUGCUAUUGUUAUAAGAAGGAUGGUGGGAGCAAUGAGAAUGGCGGCAAUGUAAUUAAGCCGGAUUCAAAAACGGUGAUGGUGGUUCAGGGAGUCAGUGCGGCCAUGGCAGGUGGUGUGUCGGCUCUAAUCACAACGCCCCUGGAUACAAUCAAGACAAGACUGCAAGUUUUAGACGGGGAGGAAAAUGGAAGGCGAGGACCAACCAUCGGACAGACCAUUAGGAACUUGGUUAAGGAAGGUGGUUGGCCGGCUUGUUACAGAGGUCUGGGACCAAGAUGGGCUUCCAUGACGGUGUCAGCAACCACGAUGAUCACAACCUACGAGUUUGUGAAACGGCUCUCAGCGAAGAAUCAAGACGGUUUGAGUUGACAAACAAUAAAGGGGAACGUGAUAGGGAUUUUCCUCUCUUCCUUUGUUAAAGCUCUGUUAAUUUCUCUUGCUGUUUCGUUUCUUCUUUUUCCACUUUCUUUGCCUUCUUUUCCUCUUUGCCUGCCUGCCUGCCCUGAGGGCCGAUCAAUGUACAAGUUAUAUAGCAGGUUCAUCUAUGAAAUAUGUUAUAUUCAACU